AUGGAGAAAUCCAAAAUAUUCGCGAACUGGCACGCCGAUUUAACAUCCCCCGUUCAACGCUUUCUGCCCGCCUUUCCGCAACAUAGGAUCAUACCAAUCUGCAUGCCUCCCCACUCCUCCCACCUUCUGCAACCUCUCGAUGUCGGUUGCUUUGCGGUGUUGAAGCGGUCAUACGGCCGGUUUGUUGAAAUGAAGAUGCGGAACAGGAUCGACCACAUCGACAAACUUGACUUCCUUGAAGCGUACCCUCUCGCACGAAUUGAAACUUUCAAAUCGGAGACUAUUAAAAUAGCUUCGCAGCAACUGGUUUACUACCUUUUGCACCAGAUCGAGUGCUCUCAG